AAAGACGUUUUGUACGAUGUGUUACUCAAAAACGUCUUUUCCCGGUAUCUUUUUACGAGAAAAAGGCGUGUAUCGUAUCAGCAGACAGAAAAAAUUCUACAAUCCGUAAUAAAGUGAUAACCCCGCGGAGUUAAAACAGUAUUUAAGAAUGUAAAAGACCAAUACAUCAAACGCACUCUUUAUUUAACAUUCGGUUUAACAACAACCAAAAUUAAUUUUCGUUAAUUACUUUUUAAAUUAUUUAUAUUGUUAAGUAAGUGAAAAAGUUUAAAAGAAACGAUGCCCGAAACAGAAAUGACAGUUGAGGACCAUCAAAGGGCUUUGGCCCAAGAACAACAUCACCGACCUAGAUUGGAAUGCGAACAAAUUAUUCAAAGGGCUUCCUCGAUUAAUAAAGAUCUGAUUAAUCGAAUGCAAAAUUCGCAAAUUGGGAGGACUUACAUUUGCGGUUAUGAUUUUCACACGAAACAACUUUGUUUUGUAGCCGUUUUAUUGAUUCUGUUCGUUUUGAGCAUCAUUUCCGUCUCGUUGAUUUGGUUUACUUCAUCGUUCGAUAACUUUGUGUUAUCGCACUUAAUUAUCACUCCGAAAAAUGAUAUCUUCGAAGAAUGGUCCAACCCAACUUAUCGGUCUCACGUUAAAGUGCACAUCUUUAAUUACACCAACAUCGAUGCUUUUAAAGCUGGUAAAGAUAAAAAGUUGAGAGUUAAGGAUAUCGGACCUUACCAUUACGAGGAAAUUAAAGAAAAAAUUAACGUUCAAGUCCACGAUAAUGGGACGGUUACGUAUCAGGAUCGACUUAAUCAUCGAUUUAAUCCACGAUUAUCCAAAGGGAAGCAAAGUGAUGUGAUUUAUGUGCCGAAUAUUUUAACAUUGUCAGCGGCUAAAAAAACCGAAAACAACUUUUUCAUGCAAUGGACCGCUUCGGUGACCCUUCAAAGCCCCUUUAUAAAGCAAGCAGCCCACCGAUUCAUUUGGGGCUACGAAGAUAACGCCUACAAUUUAAUGAAGGGGGUGUUAAGGUUCCAAAAUCAAAGGGUUUCGGAUAACAUCGGCUUAUUAGCUACGAGAAAUGGAACUUUACCCUACACCUUAACAGUAGGAACUGGUUCAAAAUCAAUAAACAACAUCGCUAACGCCAUAAAAAUCGAUUCAAACACUCAAUUUGGGAAAUGGUCCACGGAAGAAUGCGAUCGGAUACACGGAAGUGAUGGGACUCAAUUUAAUCCGUUUUUGAUUCGUGAAAAGAAGCCAAUUACUGUUUUAACCCCGGAAUCGUGUAGAACAUUGGAGUAUGUUUUUAGUCACGAGGUGAAAGUGAUAAACAAAACGAUUAAAGCUUACAAAUACAUUUUACCAACAUCAGUUUACGACGCGCCAGAUAAAAAUCCAGAUAACCAAUGUUAUUGUGAUUUAGAUUCGGGUUAUUGCGCCCCACAAGGUUUCCUUGACAUCUCAAAAUGCGUUUUUGACACCCCCCUUUAUAUCUCGAUGCCACAUUUUUACAACGUCGAUCCAGAUUAUUUUAAAGUCGAUGGUUUAGAUCCAACUUACUCAAAAGCUGAGAGUUAUUUGAUGGUUCAUCCAAGAAUGGGAUUCGCUAUUGGAGGGAGUUAUAAGUUCCAAAUUAAUAUUUUGGCCAAAAAUCUUUUUGGAUUCACCAGUAUGAGUAUGUUUAAAGACGACACAAUGUUGCCAAUAGCUUGGGUUGAUGUCGGAUUGGAGGAGAACGCCAUUCCAGAGAAAACCAUCGAAAAAAUGUAUCAAGGAACCUUUGUUGUGAAAAACAUCGAAUUAGGAAUUAAGUACGUCUCAAUUUUAGUGAUGAUUUUGAGCGCUGCCGCUAUCGUUAUCGUAACGAGAUCGAAAUGGGAAGGAAAAAUUAAAAAUUGUUACACAAAUUCGGCUUGAUUUUUAUUGUUUUUUAAUUAGCUAAGACUGAUUUUUGUAAAAUCACUCAGAUUAUUGUAAAUAGUAAUGAAAUUGUUGUGAUAUUUGUUAAUCCAUCCAUAAAUUGUUAUUGAAAUAUAUUUGUUUAAA